UGGGGACAGGGGUGUUUACAGUUUUCUGCUGGACAAGAUGGACAAGAAGACUCGUAUUUUUGGUCCUGACUACAAGAAAUUCCUCACUGAUUAUGAUAUGCAUCUGAAUGAGAAGAUAAGAUUUGAUAUCAUAGAGGAAGAAGAAAAUGUGUUUGUUACUGCACUAGACAUUGAAGAUUACUCCAAGGAAUUAUUCAAAGAAGUUUUUUAUUUUGAAGGAGAUGCUAAAUCCAUCUUUAUCUCAAAAACUGUUGAACUUAAAAAUUCUGAGAUCAUCAAUAUCAACAGCCGUGUUUACGACCGUGGUCUGGGCCUUGGCGGUGUUUUUGUACAUCGCCUAUCUACAUAUGAUGUUGCUUCCAAUGCACUGCGUAUCCCGAAGACUAUUGUAUCUGUUCUUGACGUUCGUCGUAGUGGUGAUAUCUACUUUCUGAGGGGUGAGGAUGAUGAUGACAGCCAUGCUGUCUACUACACAUCCGUUGAUGGCAGAAUCAGGUUUAAGUCGGGUUGGAUUGACUUCUGUGUUAAGAAUAACUUGGUGGCUGGCCUGUUAGUCCUGUGUUUGUUCUUUAAGAUGGAGGGCAUGCUUUUUAUGUCUGUUGAUGUGAUCGAGGAUGUGAUCGAGGAGGAGCGGUGAUCGACUGAUUACUUCACGUACUUUGUUAUAUAUUUCCAGUAAGAUGUAGGGGUUUAAGUUUCAGACGAUGAACCUACUACACUACUCGAAC